GAGCGGUCGGAGCCAUGGGGCCGGCGGAGGAAUUGCUCAGAAUGGGGAGGAAGUUGGAGAAGAUGGUCUCUCGGAAGAACAUGGAAGGAGCCCUUGAUCUGUUGAAGAAACUGAAUAACUUUACGAUGACCAUCCAGCUGCUACAGACCACCAGGAUCGGUGUGGCUGUCAAUACAGUCCGGAAGCACUGCUCCGACGAGGAGGUGGUGGCGCUGGCAAAAAUCCUCGUCAAGAACUGGAAGAGGUUGUUGGAGUCAUCCGAGACACAGAAGAGUCAAAAGGAGAAAGAAAAAGGGAAAGGGAUCGACAUCCCUGGCUGGAAGCCUGCAGAUGAUGUUUCUGUGAAACGCUCUGAAGGUUCUGAUGGAAAUAAAAAAGACAGGAAAUCAAAAAAGUUCAUCUCUCAGUCAGCAACCCCAAAAAGCUCUUCCCUGGUUCCCAAGCCAGACAGAAGAGACUCCGAAGACUCGGGAUCUUCCAUCUCUGCUGCUGCCUCCACUUCUUCCUCAUCUCCCAAGAGACUCUCGGGAGAAAAGAGAUCCUCCCUAUGCUCCAACCCAGCUUCUUCUCCUACUGGGUCUCGGAAAAACUCCACAGAUGGCAAAGAGGAAAGAUCCAAUAGCAAACCAAGGCCAGACGGACCCAAGACACCCACCAGCCCCGUCUCCCCAAUGUUGGCAUCUCCUGCCACCUUUUUGCCACCCUGCUAUCUGACAGGAGACUCCGUCCGAGACAAGUGCAUCGAGAUGGUCUCUGGGGCUUUGAAAAUGGAUGAUGAUUACAAGGAAUUUGGAGUUAACUGUGACAAGAUGGCAGCUGAAAUUGAAGAUCAUAUCUACCAGGAGCUGAAAGGCACCGAUAUGAAAUACCGUAACCGCAUGAGGAGCCGGAUCAGCAACCUGAAGGACCCCAAAAACCCCAGCUUGCGCAGAAAUGUGUUGAGUGGAGCCAUACCGCCCAGCCUCAUUGCCAAGAUGACUGCCGAAGAAAUGGCGAGUGACGAACUGAAGGAGCUAAGGAACACCAUGACCCAAGAAGCCAUCCGAGAGCAUCAAAUGGCAAAGACAGGUGGCACCGCAACAGAUCUCUUCCAGUGUGGCAAAUGCAAGAAGAAGAAUUGCACGUAUAAUCAGGUGCAAACCCGGAGUGCUGAUGAGCCCAUGACAACAUUUGUGCUGUGUAACGAAUGCGGGAACCGGUGGAAGUUCUGCUGAUGCGCCUUUCAUCUCUACACAUGCCACUGGUGAUGAAGAAGCUGUCCUUUCCCAAGAAAAGAGAGGGGAGAAGUUUUGACUGACCACUGUAGAAACGGA